AUGGCCACCUUGUCAUUGAAGGACUUUGCUGGAGCUUCGGCGCUUGACCGGGUCAGGAGAGCGAUCGCAGACUGCAAAACGGGAAAAUCACGGAGCUCACAACAACGCCUCUACACGGAAGCUGCCUACUGGGACGGGAAGUCCACCAAGGCCCUCUUUCAAAGGAUCUCAUGCAAGUAUGCUGAUAAUUCGAUAGAAACCGCUCUUCAUGCAUGCAAACUGGGGAAAGCUGCAGGUCCCGACGGGCUCAGCAACGACUGGUAUCGGGCUUAUGCAUCGGCUCUCAUCCCCCUUCUCGCUCUUCUUUUCAAUCACUGGUACAAGGAUGGCAAAUAUCCUACCUCUUUCCUGGAAGCAAACAUAUUUUGUCUCAAAAAAGGAGGAAACCUACGUGAUCCGCUCAAUUACCGCCCGAUAGCAUUGCUGAAUACCGACUACAAAAUUUUUACGAGAGUGUUAGCGAAUCGAUUGAGGAAAACUCUUCCAGAUGAGCGCUACGGGGGUUCCAUCGCGGUCAUGUUGGACUUUAAAAAAGCGUACGACUCCCUCUCCAGAGUUUUUCUUCAUCGGGCGCUGAGGCGGCAUGGAUACCCACCCCGUUUCGUAGCAGCAGUGAAGGAACUCCACCUCGGCACCAGUACCAAGUUUUUGGUAAAUGGGCAUCAAUCGAGAGCAGUGCCCAUCACGAGCGGCAUCAGACAAGGGUGUCCAUUGGCUCCCAUGCUCUUUGUUCUGGCAAUCGAUGCACUAUACCGAGCCAUUGACAACCACGGGGAGUUGCGCGGUGUCACGCUCCAGUCAGAUGCUGGGACAGUUGACCUCCGGGUCUCAGGAUACGCGGAUGAUACGGCCAUUUUUCUCCAAACUGCCGAAUCGAUGCCCCAGUUGCUGGAUCUCCUCUCCAAUUUUGGUGCAGCGUCUGGGUUACAGCUCAAUCAGAGCAAAACCAUGGUCGUCGCACUGAGCUCCGAGGGGCCCCGUUCUUGCUCUCCUUUACCGGCGCCACUUCAAUAUCUCAAUCGCCAGGACCACGGGAGGUAUCUGGGGAUCUAUGUGGGGAGCAAGGUAGACUCAGAGGUCUCAUGGACGAAAGCGGAACAGCAACUCCAAGUCAGGGUCACUCUGGCUUCUCGGAAACUGCUGACGGUCGAUCAGCGCAGUCAGGUUGCCACUGCAGUAAUCGUACCCAAGCUUCUUUAUGUCGGACAGCACGCUUGGCCUUCCCCUGGCACGGUUCGUCGGCUCGAGCGAAAGAUCAAAAACUUCAUCUGGUCAGGGGUAUUCACUGCAGAUGCCCUCGGAACCAAGGCCUGGAUCGACGCUGACCUGGCCGCGAUGUCGAGGUCCUCAGGAGGCCUUGGUACUCCCAUACUCCGUACAGAGCUCAUGGCGCUAGCGGCCACGGUCGUCGCAGCGUGGGCUCGGGACGGAACGACAACGGACCACAUAGUCGGCGACAUCCUACAUCACGGAGAAAUCUCCGGUCGGGAACCGAAGGUUUAUGUGGCCCCGAUGGAAUUUACCCCCUCACAGCGACGGGUCACUUGGAAACCUACGAUGUGGGCUACGGGAAGGGAAGUAGUGACCAAGAUAGGUCUGCAGCCACGAUUGGAUGGCCGGAAAGCGAUGGUGUCCGCAUUGGCACUACUCGCAGUGGCAUUUGACGGCGUCAGGUUUAGCUGGGACGGCCACCAGCUUUUGGUCGACGGAGCUCAGCUUCUUGGAGCGGUAUUCCAGAGGUUCCUCACCUCGGACAAGGGAGUUUGUGGUACAGUCUGCACCGAGUGGCUACCUUACUUAGUCACAUCUGACCUCCGUCUUUACGAUGGGGUAGAAGGGAGGAUCUCCACAGCCCAUGACUUCUCCCGUCUUUUUCGAACCGGGUACAGACUACGGGAUAUUGUACACUGGAGGCGCCUCGGGGCAGGCCGUCUCAUUUUCACGCCGCUACGGACACAAUCCGAAUGUACAUCAGGAGUGUUAGCGCAACUUCGGCGUCUAGCGAUCCUGAUGAUCACUAACUUUCCGCUUCUUCUACACGUCGGACAACACAAUGACGCUCUCCGAAUGGUAAUUCAACCGCCGGACCAUCCUUACCAAGCCCGGAUGAACAAGACCGGACACCCUGCAGCUCUACUGACAUCUGACCCGAUCUCAAUGCCGGUCCCGGUACAAGCCAACUCACAUCGGCAACUGGUAGCAGCUAUCAAGCGGCACAUUGCGCCAGAUGCGUAA